AUGGCCGAGCUCAGCGCUAAAUGGAACAAAAUCCUCGAUGCAGAAAUUCUGCAACGUUCGUCACAGACACUCUCUGUAGUCGACGGACAGGUCUACGUAUUCGGAGGAGAAUUGCGACCUCGAGAGCCACGAGAUAAUGCUGUCCAUGUUGUUUCAUUGGCCAACGAAGCCGCCUUCCGUGCCGUAGAGCCGGCAUCACAAGCUCCUUCUCCUCGCGUGGGAACCGCGACUGCGGCAAUAGGAGAGAACAUCUACCUUUUCUCUGGACGCGGUGGUGUUGCUAUGGCGCCCAUUGAUGAGGAAGGGGCUCUCUGGAAAUUCAAUACGAAGUCUGGAAGCUGGACAUGCGUUUCCCCAUCUAACUCGGGCAUUUCCCCUAUUCCACGCAGCUACCACUGCAUCUGCAGCGACGGGCAGGACACCUUGUACAUCCAUGCCGGCUGUCCUGAGUCUGGGCGUCUGUCAGAUUUGUGGUCGUUUAGCUUGGCUAGUCAACAAUGGAAAGAGCUCUCUCCUGCUCCAGGACCAGCUCGUGGAGGCACUUCUAUCGCUUUCGCCGAGGGGAAGUUAUACCGCAUGAAUGGGUUUGAUGGAAAACACGAACAAGGGGGGAGUGUCGACAUAUACAGUCCUGAGAGUGACACUUGGGAUUCGCACUCGUACAGCCCUGACAAUAAAGCCGGCCCAGCACCACGGAGUGUCAGCGCCCUACUUCCAAUAAACGUUCACGGCAAAAGUUAUAUUGUCACCCUUUUUGGCGAGAGCGACCCUAGCAAUCUGGGUCACCAGGGCGCAGGAAAAAUGCUGGGCGAUGUGUGGGCAUUCGAAACUGCUGGCCGGACCUGGCAUCAUGUUGACACCCAGGGGGAUGAAGCUCCUGAUGCACGAGGUUGGUUUGGAGCCGGUGUUGCUGGCAAGGCCACGAUCGUUGUGCAGGGAGGCCUGGGAGAAGCAAAUAAUCGAUUGGGAGAUGUCUGGAGUCUCAGCUUUGCGUAA